CACGUAUCUAGAUUAACACUAUUACUAUAACUAUAAAUAUGCAAGCGAUCAUGCCACUAGUUUUGGCAAGCAGCACAACAGACAAACUAAAAAUGUCAUACGAAUACGAGAAUUAUGACCCCUCCUUCCCCGACCAACCUGUGGUUGACUUAUACCUUCCUGUUUGGGCAAGGUUACCAGCUUUCCACUCGAAACCAGCUUUCAUUUGGGCUCAAGACUUUCACACCACCACUACCCUCACCUACCAACAACUCAACGACACUGUUCAUCUCAUCUCAUCACAGCUGCAGGGUUCAUUGCAAAGAGGAGACACUGUACUUCUUCUCUGCUCUCCAGGACUUGACCUAGUUGAGCUCAUUUUCGGCUGCCAAAGAGCUGGUCUCUUGAGCGUACCUAUAGUCCCUCCUCACCCUUCUUUCUCCAAUCAAAACUACCACCACCUCGUAAGAGCCAUUUCUCAGACCAAACCCAAAGCUGCCAUAGCUCACUCUCACUACAUUUCAAGCAUUCGACGCUACCUCUCUUCUCCCCACAACAACACCAAGCUAGCUCACAUGCUGCAAACCAUCCACUGGAUUUCCAUUGACCAUGUCAAACACGGCAAAGCCGUCGUUACUGUAAACAACCGUGAUUCCCUAACAUACAGUGGUUGUGCAGCAGAUGAAGUUUAUUUGGUUCAGUACACUUCUGGAGCCACUGGUGUCCCAAAACCCGUGCUUGUCACUGCUGGCUCAGCUGCUCACAACGUUAGAACUGCCAGAAAAUCUUACGAUCUUCAUCCAAACAGCACCAUCGUUUCGUGGCUGCCACAGUAUCAUGAUUGUGGCCUCAUGUUUCUGUUGCUGACCGUUGUCUCCGGUGCCACGUGUGUUCUCACGUCCCCAAACGCGUUCAUCAAACGCCCCAGACUCUGGCUUGAACUCUUGUCCGAAUUCAAGGCCACUUGCACUCCCGUUCCCUCGUUCACAUUGCCACUAGUCAUCAAGCGUGGAGGGAUUAACCAAAGCGCUUUACCCAUCAACCUGUCAACCUUGAAGAACCUUAUAAUCAUCAAUGAACCUAUCUAUAGAGACUCUGUGGAAGAAUUCGUUCAUACUUUUUCACCAUUCGGGUUAAGCCCUUCUUCUAUCUCUCCUUCCUACGGGUUAGCAGAGAACUGUACCUUUGUGUCCACUGCGUGGAGGAACUGCCACAGUGACAAUAUUGGUGCUUAUGGUUCCAGCUUCCCAGAUUUCCCAACUCACAACAAACUGUUACCGGUUGCAAGGCUCGGAAACAUGGAGCAGGAAGACGUGGAGAUUAUGGUCGUAAACGAAGAAACCUUGGAGCCGAGUGAGGAUGGAGUCGAAGGAGAAAUUUGGGUUGCUUCACCAAGCAAUGCUUCUGGGUACCUUGGCCACCCUAGCUUAACAAGAGAGGUGUUUCAUGGAAGACUGAGAAACAUGGUUAGUAAGUGCUUUCUUCGAACCGGGGACAAAGGCAUCGUGAAAGGAGAAAAGAGAUACCUCUUUGUUACUGGUCGCUGUCAAGAUGUGAUGGAACUCGAAAACGGUGAAAAGGUUCAUCCACAUUAUAUAGAGACUGCGGCGUAUAAUAUUUGCUCCAAGUUACUCAGAGGAGGCUGCGUUGCAGCGUUUAAAGUUUCAGCAAUGGUGGUGGUUGUGGCAGAGAUGCAGAGGUUCGAAAAGGAUGUGGAUGUGGUUGUGUUGAAGUGGGUGUGUGAGAAAAUUAAGGCAGGUGUCUGGAAGAAGGAGAAGGUAGAGAUUGGAUGGGUGGUUUUGGUUAAGAGUGAGUGUGUUCCCAAAACCACUUCUGGAAAAUUGCAAAGAGGGAGGUGUAAGGAGAAGCUUCUCGCAGGGGAAAUGGUGAUUCUGAUGGAAACACGGUUUGAAAAAGAUGUUACUGGUUUUACGAGAGCACAGAACGUAAGAGAAGAAGCUUCGGAAGAGAAGGGUCAAGUGAACAGAUCCCUUUCAUGUAUGGACACUCCUGCCUCUCUAAUAUCUCUUCUGAUUGNGGUCGUAAACGAAGAAACCUUGGAGCCGAGUGAGGAUGGCGUCGAAGGAGAAAUUUGGGUUGCUUCACCAAGCAAUGCUUCUGGGUACCUUGGCCACCCUAGCUUAACAAGAGAGGUGUUUCAUGGAAGACUGAGAAACAUGGUUAGUAAGUGCUUUCUUCGAACCGGGGACAAAGGCAUCGUGAAAGGAGAAAAGAGAUACCUCUUUGUUACUGGUCGCUGUCAAGAUGUGAUGGAACUCGAAAACGGUGAAAAGGUUCAUCCACAUUAUAUAGAGACUGCGGCGUAUAAUAUUUGCUCCAAGUUACUCAGAGGAGGCUGCGUUGCAGCGUUUAAAGUUUCAGCAAUGGUGGUGGUUGUGGCAGAGAUGCAGAGGUUCGAAAAGGAUGUGGAUGUGGUUGUGUUGAAGUGGGUGUGUGAGAAAAUUAAGGCAGGUGUCUGGAAGAAGGAGAAGGUAGAGAUUGGAUGGGUGGUUUUGGUUAAGAGUGAGUGUGUUCCCAAAACCACUUCUGGAAAAUUGCAAAGAGGGAGGUGUAAGGAGAAGCUUCUCGCAGGGGAAAUGGUGAUUCUGAUGGAAACACGGUUUGAAAAAGAUGUUACUGGUUUUACGAGAGCACAGAACGUAAGAGAAGAAGCUUCGGAAGAGAAGGGUCAAGUGAACAGAUCCCUUUCAUGUAUGGACACUCCUGCCUCUCUAAUAUCUCUUCUGUGA